GCGGCGGCGGCCAUCUUGAGGCCGGGCUGCCCGCUUCCUAGAUGGCCGCCGCCUUCCCGUCGCGCGGCCUGCCUGCCCGGGGAUGACGGGCGCCGCCUCGCUGCUGCUGCUGCUGCUCCGGCGCGGGGGCCGCGGCGGCCUCCUCCUCCGGCCACAGGCUCCUCUGCCGGGCGGCCCCCAGGGGGCUCUGGCGCGCCGCUGGAGCCGGGCCCCCGCGGAGCAGAGGCCAAGCGGCGACCUUCAGCCGCGGCUGCCCGGCCCGCUCUCCAGGGGCUGCUGGGCCCGGCCUGCCUGGACCCCCGCCCGGCUGCGGAGGCUGUUGGAUCAGAGGUUCCUGGCCUUGACUGCAGGCUUCCUUACUGGUGGCGCCUGCUGCUAUUUUUCCACGUCUGGUUCUCAUCGCAAUGACCGAAGCGGGGGGAAGCCCAAAGGGAAAGCCCCCAAGGAAGAUGAGGAGGAAAAGAGGCGCCGGGAGAGGGAAGACCAGAUGUACCGCGAGCGGCUGAAGGUCCUCUUCUUCAUCGCCAUCAUCAUGAGCCUGCUCAACUCACUGACCACCAGCGCGGGAAGCAUCUCCUGGAACGACUUCGUCAAUGAGCUGCUGGCCAAGGGGGAGGUGCAGAGCGUGCAGGUGGUGCCGGAGAGCGAAAUCGUGGAGAUCCACUUGCACCCGGGAGCCGUUGUCUUUGGGUGGCCCAAGCUGAGCCUGACCUACGUGAUGAAGGUGGCAAACAUCGACAAGUUCGAGGAGAAAUUGCGAGCGGCCGAGGAGGAGCUGAACAUCGACCUGAGCGACCGGAUCCCCGUCUCUUACAGGCGCAGCAGCUUCUUUGGAAAUGCCCUCUACACCUUGGGGAUGACUGUGGUGAGCGUCGGCAUUCUAUGGUACAUUUUCCGGCUGGCUGGCAUAUCGGGAAGGGAAGGCGCCUUCAGUGCCUUCAACCAGCUGAAAAGGGCUCGCUUCACAAUCGUGGACGGCAAAUCUGGGAAGGGCAUCAGUUUCAAGGACGUGGCAGGCCUGCACGAGGCCAAGAUGGAAGUCAAGGAAUUUGUGGAUUACCUGAAGAGUCCGGAGCGCUUCCUCCAGCUGGGAGCCAAAGUGCCCCGAGGGGCCCUCUUGCUCGGGCCACCCGGCUGCGGCAAGACCUUGUUGGCCAAAGCGGUGGCUACGGAAGCCCAAGUGCCAUUCCUGGCGAUAGCUGGCUCCGAAUUUGUGGAGGUGAUUGGCGGCCUUGGCGCUGCCCGGGUGCGGAGCCUCUUCAAGGAAGCCCGGGCUUGUGCCCCGUGCAUCGUUUACAUAGAUGAAAUCGACGCGGUUGGGAAAAGGCGUUCGACAAACAUGUCCGGCUUCUCCAACACCGAAGAGGAGCAGACCCUGAACCAGCUGCUGGUAGAAAUGGACGGGAUGGGGACCACGGACCACGUCAUCGUGCUGGCGUCCACCAACCGAGCUGAUAUCCUGGACAACGCCCUCAUGAGACCCGGGAGGCUGGACCGCCACAUUUUUAUCGAUCUGCCCACUCUGCAGGAGAGGAGGGAGAUCUUCGAGCAACACCUGAAGGGGCUGAAGCUCUCCCAGCCCAGCAGCUUCUACUCCCAGCGCUUGGCUGAACUCACCCCAGGCUUCAGCGGAGCUGAUAUUGCCAACAUCUGUAACGAGGCGGCUCUCCACGCUGCCAGGGAGGGAUACAAGUCCAUCGACACCAUCAGCUUUGAGAGUGCUGUGGAGAGAGUCAUCGCAGGAGCUGCCAAGAGAAACAAGAUCCUUUCGCAGGAGGAGCGGAGAGUGGUGGCAUUCCACGAAUCGGGCCACGCCUUGGUGGGCUGGCUGUUGGAGCACACCGAAGCAGUGCUGAAGGUGUCCAUAGCUCCCCGCACAAACGCCGCGCUGGGCUUUGCCCAGAUCCUGCCAAAGGACCAGUACCUCCUGACCAAGGACCAGCUCUUCGAGCGGAUAUGCAUGGCGCUGGGGGGCAGAGUCGCGGAAGCCAUCACCUUUAACAAAGUGACCACAGGGGCCCAAGAUGACCUCCGGAAGGUCACCAGGAUAGCCUACUCCAUGGUGAAGCAAUACGGCAUGAUGCCCGCCAUCGGCCACCUGUCCUUCCCAGAGACGGAAAGCGGCAGUCGGGGGGUCGGAAGGCGCCCCUUCAGCCAAGGGCUCCAGCAGAUAAUGGACCACGAAGCGAAGUUGCUGAUCGCCCAGGCGUAUAGGCGCACAGAGAAGCUGCUGAUGGACAACCGGGAUAAACUGCAGAUGCUGGCAGACGCCCUCUUGGAGAAAGAAGUGAUCAACUACGAGGACAUCGAAGCCCUUCUCGGCCCUCCCCCACACGGGCCCAAGAAGACGAUCUCUCCCCAGAGCUGGAUUGAAGCCGAGAGGGACAAGCAGGACAGGGGAGAGGAAGAGCCCUCUCCCCAGCUGCCCCACUACAAGGAGGAGCAGGAGCCUCACCUGAACUCCGUUUGAAGCCCGACCAUGAAGCGAGUAGCCGCUUGGGUUCAGGGUUUUUCUUCCAAAGG